UUAUACCCAACCGGGUUUACUUAUUUAUCACACACCUGAGUGACACGUCUCCAAGGUGCGAUACACAAUUACCAUAUAAUAUGCAUUCAAGUCGUCAUGGCGCUUCUCACUCAACCGGAAUGAGACAUUACUUCCGUUAAAAACGUAUUGUCAAAUAUUAUUUUAUUUUAAUAUUUAAAGGUUUAUUGUAGUAGUGGUUUAGAGGAAUUAUAUAUGGCCGCAGCGGCCAAAACAAACCAGCCACCCACAGGACGUGCGGUCGCUAAUUGUAAUUUUGUUGCACAGGAUCAGAUUUGGAAAGACCACGUUCACCAUGAAAUGACCGCCUCUAAAACAUGGCCAAACAGCUGGGGUUUCUUAACAACACCAUACGGAGAACUGGUUAAAGAUGAUAUUCAAAAGAAAGAGAAAAGAGAACCAGUAGACGUUUUACAAAUCCGACCUGUUACCCCUAUAGAGGAAUAUAUCAAAGUGGAACCAUCACCACAUCCGUUUCCAAAGACAACAUCACAAACAGUUGGAUGGCGAUCUACAUCUAAAGUACAUGCGCUAGAAAAAUACGGCAAAUAUGCAAAACCAAAAGGUGGACUUAUUAGACAACUCAACUGGCCAGCAGAGGCAAUUGAUUAACUAUAAACGGUGCUAGUUGUUUAUUGUUUUUAUGUUAAUUUUUAUUCACGAGACUUUUGAAAGAGUAAUUAUAUUUAAUAUCAGUAUUAAAAGUCUGUUUUUGAAGAACUAGUCUGAAUUCUGAAAAGAUAGACGUCACGUGGCUGUAUUUUUAUUGAAUUUUGUGCUUUAUUGUUUUAAAUUUCCACGUGGAAUAUUUUUCUUCGAAAUAAGACAGAAAUACAUAAGCAGACGAAAGUGUUUUAUUGGCUCGUUAGAAAUAGGUGCAUUAAUCGAAAUUUCUGCUGUUCCAUCAUGCGAUUGCUAAUUAACAGUCUGACAUGUUGCUGUGAAUAUUGUUAUACAAUGUGCAAUAAUUUUGUAAACAUGUAAGAAAUGCAUUUUUAGAAUUAUUUAUUUAAUUAUACUAGUAAUACUUUCUGAUAUACUUAUGUAAGGAGUAAUAUUACAUAGUUUCUGCUCAAUAUUUGUAUUUUUCAACUAACAGUAUUGGAUCUAUAGUCAGUAUUUAGCUUUGUAAGGCAUUUUAGAUGUAAUGUUUCAGUUAUGCACAUUAUUGAUUAUUUUAAGUAAUAAAGUAUGAUGAUCAACA